AUGUCAGACCAAGACUCAAGAAGGGCGCCUGCCAUUCCGACAUGGCAGCAGAGCUGGCAAUCCAGCACCAAAGAACAGACGACCCAUUCCGGCGAUCAGUCGUCAUCGGAGCAAAGCACGACGCAACCCUCGUUACCCUCGGAAGCACCUCUACUCGAGCAAGCGCAAAAGUCGUUGGAGGACGAAUCAAUACGAGAUGCGUCUCGAGAAAGCAAGGUCGAGUGCUUGCAGAAGAAGGGUCUACAACCCGAUGAGAUAGAAAAGCUGCUGGGUCCUGAGCCGGCCGCAUCUUCAACCGCCACCGACGAGGCCUCGGAAUUGAAAACAAUUCACGACACCAGCCCGAACCCCGGUAUAAGAGAACAAGAACAAGCAGUACCCUCACAAUCAUCGGCGCCCCAACACGAACCGACGCCCACGCCCUCUGCGAAGCGGGACGUCCCUCCAAUAAUUACCUACCCAGAAUUCCUACUCAAACCACAGAAACCUCCACCGCUCGUCACAUUCGACCGCCUGGCGAACGCAGCCUAUGUUUUGGCCGGCGUAUCAGCUUUGACAUGGGGCGCCAGCAAAUAUCUCAUCCAGCCUAUGCUCGAAUCCCUUACUGAGGCGCGACAUUCACUGGCCGAGACAGCCAAAGCGGACCUCGAGACCCUCAACACGAAACUCGAGUCCACCGUCUCACACAUCCCCUACAUACCCAGCGUUUCCGCUCUCCAUUCUCAACAGCAAAAGCCCAAGGACGACGACCUGGAAUCCACAGACUCGGAUCCCACCGAGCUCUUCCACCGUGACAUCGCGACCCAGACAUCACCCCACCCGACGCACACAACGUCGCUCUGGUCCGACGAUGAUGAUGCCCUACCUGCACAAGAUCCCACGACGUCACAAUCGUCCCGCCUGCGCAGUCUGCACUCCACCCUCUCUUCUCUUCUGAGUUCGCAAACAACGCAAUUCUCCCAAGACCGCCUCCAAGAAUCAAUGUCGGAUUUCCAAUCGACGCUCGACAAGUUGGAAGCGAGCUACAACCCUUUCCAAGUCGACUAUACCAGCAGCUUCUCAAGUUACAGCGGGCCUGGAGCAGGCGACAAGAGCGGUGGUGAUAAGUCCGCCAAAAAGGACGCCUCGGAGGCCACCAAGUUCAAGAACGAGAUUCGAGCCCUCAAGGGCGCGUUUCUGAGUUCCAGGAACUUUCCCACCGCACGGCCGGCCCAGCCGUUCAUGCUGCCGCCACGGUGA